AUGCUCGAGUCCGCAGGAGAGGGGAGCUACCGCCGCCCGUUCCCCGGCAAGUCGGAGACAUUCGACGACGACGGGACCGUGGACGAGGUGGUUGUCGACCGGGCGUGGUCGGAGGAGAUCAAGAGCUCCGCGACGCAGUCUGAGCAUGGCGGGUCGCCGGAGAAGACAGGCAGCCACCAGCAGGGCGGGACGAACACUGAUCACGAGAGUUUCAUCCCGCAUCCCGACGGGUUCUGGGCAUACGCGACGCCGCUCAUCAUCCUGCGGUGGCGGGUCUGGCCCGCGAUUACGGGCUUCUUCGACUUGUCGUUCUUUGACGAGCGCAGUGAGCAGCACUAUCGGAAGGAGAACUGGUUUGUGAAGAAGCCCCUUGCGAUAUGGGCGUCGCUCUUCUACGUACUGAACUGGGCACUCGCUCUGGGGUUGAUACCCGGGCCGUUAGUCCUCGCCGACAAGAUCUUUUACUACGGGAUCUGUACUGCUGUGACGGUGCCGCUCCCGUUCAUGGUAAUCUACGACUGGCCCCGCGACCAAAAUGUCUUUUACCAGGUGUUUCUUUGCUUCUCGACUUGGUGCUGGUCUUAUUAUCAGGUCGUGUUCAUGUAUGCCUGCGGGUUCUACACCAAUGAGGUCAAGCAUUCGUAUUUCACGUGCGGGAACAAGGAUUUCCUCGGUACAUUCUAUUGGACGGCUGGGUUGGCGACUAUUUCGCUCUUCGGAUUGAAGCAACAUCGACUACCCCACAUGAUUGGAGCUGCGGUGUUCUUCAUUCUUGCUUGCGUCCUCAUCCUGCCGGACCGUCACACAUGGACAAGAAACCUCAUCAACCACUUCGUCUACCAGUCCUUCCUUCUCUACGUGCACUACAUGAGGGAAAACGCUGAGAGGAGGCUUUACACACUGCGCGACCAGCUGAAGAUCCAGUUUAGGGCGACGCAGAAGGCGCAGAUCAAUGAACGGAAGGCGGCGGAUUCCAAGCGGCGAUUGACCUCAUAUGUCUUCCAUGAGGUGCGAGUUCCGCUCAAUACGGCCUUGUUAGCGGUCCAGAAUAUGGAAGCUGCCGGAGCGGUACCCAAAUCUCAGCAAAUUGAGUUCAAGGCUUUGGAAGGAAGUCUCAGUAUGAUGUCCAAAGUGCUGAAUGAUGUCCUGGACUUUAACCGCAUGGACAGUGGUCGUUUCGAAUCCGUGUCGAAACCCUAUGCAUUCCACCAGGUCAUGCGAUCGAUGCUUGUGCCCCUACAGCUUGCCACGGAUGCUCGUAAUCUGACACUAGAGACGGAGUUUGACGAAAACAUCGAUUUGGUUGCUCGACGAGCGGCUUACGAGGCCAUGGGGCAUCCCCCUCAAGUAGUGGAGAAGCUUAUGGAAGAGAAUUCGGAAGAGCACGGCAUCGUCUGCGGGGAUGAGACACGCCUGCGACAAAUCAUCACGAACCUCGCCAGUAAUGCUUGCAAGUUCACCCAGUCCGGCGGGAAGCUCAGUGUCAAAACACGCUUAAUAUUACCUUCUCCCGAAUCCACCAUGCCUCGUUCAUCUUACGGUCCGUCCCGUUCAGAGACUGACGCGACAGACGUCACGGAUAGCUCGAAGUUGCCCGACUCGGCGAUCUCGGACGCGGAGAUGGGUCUUGGUGAGAAGGUUCAAGGCCACCAUGUAUUGUCUGCCACGCACCUGAGCCAACAUAAUCUGCAUCACUCGCAAUUGCAUCCGCUGGAAUGGAUCGUGGUGAGGAUAGAAGUUACGGACACAGGUUGUGGUAUUAAACCCAAAGACAUGGUACAAAGCAAACUGUUCUCUGCGUUCAAUCAGACGGAACAAGGCAGACAACAGGGCGGUAAAGGGACUGGUUUGGGUCUCGCAUUGGUGCGGCAGAUCGUGAAGCUAAGCCGUGGUAGGCUUGGUGUGCGGUCCAAGGCUGGGGAGGGGUCAACAUUCUGGGUUGAACUUCCCCUUGGCGUCGGCGCGAAGACCAUGCAAGGCUUCACACCCCCACCCAACUUGGUCGAGCGUGCGGAUGAGUUGGGCCUCAACAUGACAUUCGCGCCGGAGUCAUCGCACUCAGGCGGUAAGCCCUCGCGAACGUCGGCUAAUAAGCGAAAUUCAUCUGCAUUCACGACCAUUAUGGAGCAAGGCGGAAUGGUCGAGCUGGUGCCUAGCAAACCGGGGGAAACUCCAGUGUUGACUCGGGCCCUUGGUGACGCGAAUACUGGGACGGCGCCUCGCACAUCGACUCCACCCGAGAUUGGUGAGCUGUCGUCACCUGAGUCCCUCACACCCACAGAGAUACAACGGACGACUGUUCGGCCCUCUCACGUGGAUUUACCGAGACCACGACAGUUCACGUCGUAUGACUUCACGAAUCCCUCGACAUCAUCUUCUGCAACACUCGACCAACUAGGGAGCACGCCUUCAUCAAAUCAAUCGGCUCCUGCCACGCCGCCUGCUGAAUUCGAGCGUGGCUUGCCUGUGCUGGUGGUCGACGAUGACCCCUUAACCAGGAUGCUCAUGAAACGCCUCUUGACGAGGAUUGGUUGCCGCGUCUCGACAGCCGAGAAUGGUGAGGUGGCUUUAGAAAUGAUUCUGGGCGGGUCAAGGCCAACGCCCUCGUCGGAAACGCCAAGCAGCCAGGGUUCUGAGUCAUCGCAGGGCAUCGGCUCUGGGACGGGAGUGCCGAUGGCGGAAGACACCCGUUUUGCGGCUGUGUUCUUGGACAAUCAGAUGCCGGUCAUGUCCGGUCUUGAUACGGUGGCAAGGCUGCGAGAAGCGGGUAGACAGGACUUCGUGGUUGGCGUAACAGGGAACGCACUAUUGACGGAUCAGGAGGAGUAUCUACAAGCAGGAGUAGAUCACGUCCUGACAAAACCGGUACUAGAGAAGAGUCUAAGGAAUAUGCUGCAUCUCGCCGAUGAACGUCGAAAACGAGCGCUACUAGACUUCCACGCGCCAUCCCCUUCAUGACCAUAGCCUGUGUCUCUCCUUCAUGCAUAUAUGUCUUGUUUUCUUGGGUUUGUGGUGGGCAUCUACACUAUAUAUGUUUGUUGUCGUUUGUCGUCUUGCAACCUGCACUCAUCAUGAUAGCAUUACUGCAGCAUAGCUUAUUUAAUACCGUAAGAACAUGUAUUACUGGAAUUGCUCUCGCUUGUGUCGAAUUUGCUUACACUCGCAUGUAUUGUUGUACUACUAUUAUCAGAUCUUUUGGUGGGGACGCUUGCAUUGGUAUAU